AAAUUUACGAAACCCUAAAUCGAGUCCGAUGAGGAAAACACACGGGUGGGCCCUACAUUGAAAGAGGAAGACCGAGAAAACGUCCUCUCUCUCUCGUGACUCAGUGGCUGUAGCCAUAGAAAAAAACAAUUGUCACUUUUCCUCCGUUCCACAGACAUGAACGUGGCUUACAACACCAUUCUGUGUUUCUCUGUCUUUAUCUCUCGCCCUUUCUUUCUCACCGCUUCCGACUUCUCUCUCUCUAGAAACCCAGAAAUCUCGCUUCCAAGGUUUCAUUUCUUUGGGGAAAGGAAAUCUUCCAGAAUCGGUGGAGCGGUUUUCCGUUUUUUUGGCUUGGAUUUUCUUCUUAAAGCAAAUAUUUUGCUGGUUCAGGAUGGAAUUUUUGCCCUCAUGCUUCCUAAAUUUAGUAAUUUGUUUGAAGGAGAGCUUUUGGAUCGAUUUGGAAGAGUUGUUGUUGCGUGUAAGCUGGAAUUGGAUUGUCGGAGACAACGAGAUGGGAGAUUGAAUUUCUCAGCUUUGAUUUCAAGUUAGCUAAGCUAACGAUGGGGAACGAUGAUUUUGAUGCUCAAAGAGAUGAUCCCGGGCAAGAAGAUCCGCUUCUGAAGAUGAACAAUGUCAAAAAUCUGUCUGGUAAAGACGGCUUAUUGAAGUUGCAGAACUCCUCGAGCCAGCAGAAUACGUCAGUUUCGAGUAACGGAAAGUGGUUACAGAUUGUUAAAAACGGUCACAGAGGCUCACUUCUCCACGUGACUCGUAUUAUCGAUAGAAAGAUCCCGAGGCACAUAGUGUCACUAGACGAGAAGUAUCUUCGUCGGUGCCUUGAGCUGAUUCAUAUCAGUGCUUCAAAGUCGGCAAGUUGCAGCCUUUCUGUAAACUUUGUAGGAUCCGUAAAGACGGGCAUCUCGUAUUAUCACUUGGAUUCACCAGUGAUACCAUUGGCAGAUGGCUCGGGGAGUACAGUCAUCAGUCCCGCAGUUGCAGAUUACAACAGGAUUCUUGAUAAGCCUCUGUUACACAAGUUGGGAGCUUUGGAUAUUUAUCCUAGUAGCACGGUAAGGCGAAAGGAUGAGGUAAAAGGGUCGGUCUCACGUGAAAUUUCUAGCUCCCCGAGUCAUUUUCAGUUGCGGGAUUCCCAUUUUUGGGGUUAUCAAUCUGUAUCGAGCUCAUACUCGACUUGUUUGUCUUCUGAGCUUUCGUCCUCAUCUGUGUCUACAACUGUUUCUCAGGGAACUCUUUGUGUCACUAUGAAUGAGAACGGGUUUCCUCGUUUUGUUUUCUCGUUGGAUGAUCGAAAACCGAUAUUGGUGGCCAGCUUGAGUAACAGUGAAGCGGGUUUUGACAGCGAUGAUCUAGAGUACACAUACUUGAUUCAUCUGCGGAAAGGCAACGGCCAUGAAUGGCAUCUGGUUGGUAAAAUAAAGGUGUCUACUUUGUUCUCUGUUUCAUCGUCUUCAAACAGCAGAAUCAUGGAGAGAGAAUUUGUUCUUUUCAGCCACUGUGGGGAUCUGCAAAUGCAGUGCCAUGAUGCAAGGAAAGCCAAAGGAUUACCCGAGAAAGUUGUUGACGCGUUCAGAAACACUUGGGCUUCCAGGCAAAAGAGUAUCUCGACAUUCAGCAGAGCAAGCUCCAUACCCGAAUUCUGUUCUCGGGAGACAUCUCAAGAGCCAAACUAUGAUCUUGAGCACGCAAAUCUGCUGGAAAACGAUCUUCCACCGAAUCUUGAAUCAUCAGCCAUUGUUGUGAAAGAACAGAUCCAGGAGGAAACUGGAGGAUGGGGCAUGAAAUUCUUCAAGAAAACGUCCUUACCUUCGACGAGCAUGGAUGUUAUCAUUCCUUCAGGGAUUCAUGGGGGGCCGAGAAAGAAGAACGGAGGAGGAGGGCCAUCGAGUUUGAUCAAGAGGUGGAGAUCCGGUGGAGUCUGUGACUGCGGUGGAUGGGACAUGGGUUGUCCGUUAACAGUUCUUAAAGGGCAACCAAGAAGAGACCAAAGCGAAGGUCAAUGCAAUCUCUUCGAGUUCUUCACAGAGGGAUCCAAGCAGGGGAAACCAGGAGUAAGGAUCGUGAAGAAUGUUCAAGAUGGCAUGUACUUCGUUCAAUUCCAACAGAAGAUAUCGAUUUUGCAGUCUUUUUCCAUUGCAAUUGCAUACAUCCAUAGCCAGAGCAAUGAAGUGUGCAGAAGCUUUAGUUUGCAAAAGAGGUUUUAGCCUUUUAGGAGAAAGAUGGGGCAACUUCUUCCUCUUUGUGUUAUAUAUUUUGAUGAUUUUGCUUUAGUUUAUAUAUGUAUUUUCUGUGUACAUUUGUCAUUCGAUUUCUGGCGAAAACCUUUACACCAAAAUGUAAAAUGGUGGGAGAAUGAUACAGAGAUUGAACUCAACAGAAAGAGAAAAUUAUGAUUACUGCUACCAAAAAAUCUGCAGUUUCAACAGUGUUGAUCGUUUAGACGAUGGAAUUGGCAGUGAUUGCAAUCCUCAGCCAGAGAUCUGCACACUCCUUUCCGAUGGGUCUAGAGACGGCGAAACCUGCAUAGCAACCAUCAUCUUUGAUGUAAGAACAACAAACCAAUAACAGUUGACUAAGUUGUGUAAUAAUGCCAAGAUGCAGUGAUUGUGACACUGUCACUGAUUCAGAUCAAAACCCAUCAACGAAAUGUUCCAAAACGUACUGGGUUU